AUGGAAACAACAUUAAAUAUUCCUAAUGUAGAUUUAAGUCUUGUACGAAAAUAUUCAUUAGCUGAAUUGGAAGAAAUUGACUUUUCAACUUCAGAUGACUUUGCUAUUGUAGUGGAAAACUUAAAAACAGUCAUCACACUGGAGAAAAACAUCGAAGAAUUCUGGACUGAAGAUCAUGAACAAAUAUUAUGGCAGUUUGUCAUAGAUCCUGAAUCAAAUGUUUUGACAGUUUACUUUUCAGGAGAUGCAUUGGUUGUGGAACGUGAUAUUCCAAAAGCGGAAAUUCCCGAAUUAUUCUACUUUAUUAAAGUUGUACCUGAUAAACUUAUUUCAUCUGAUUAUAGUAGCAAACUCUUAUAUGGAACAGCUAAAGCUCCGUUUUUUGAAAGUCUUUAUCAGACCCUUUGUAUUGUGUAUUUUCCUAUGUUUUCUCGGAGUGGAGAAUGGUCAAAAUGUAUUAAGACUGAUUACUUAGACCAUCUGUCAAAGUUUCUUUUGGAAUUGUUUGAUUUGAGGAAUAAGCUUCAAAAGGAAAUAGUAUUCUACGUUCCUGAUGAUAUUUUUGACAAAGACGUCAGAAGUGUAAUUGACCAAAAGGAAUUGCUAAAUCAAGUUGAAAGAACUGUUAUGAAAUGGAUAUGGCUAUUUACGUGUGUUCUGAUGCAAGGUGGAAAUAAUAACAGUGAAGAAUCUGGGCCACUUGAAGAGAUUGAAUUUUGGAAGCUUAAAUGUAAUGAUUUGAAGAAAGUGUUAUACCAAUUAGAGCGGGAUGACGUGAAAAUGUGCAUCGAGAUUCUGAAAGCUGCUAAACUGACGUCAUACUUUAAAUUCAUGGAGGUGUCCAAUCAACUUCAGAAUCAAUUUAACAUCGCACAGAAUAAUGUCAAGUUUCUUUCCAUCCUGAAGACGCCAUGUAAAGACAUUGAAACAGCUGCUUUAUCUGAAAUUCCAGAUCAUCUUAGCAAAUUACUCGAUUUUGUACGAAUUAUUUGGAACAAUUCACCAUAUCUCAAAGAUCACAGUGAAAUUUCUAACUUAUUGUGCAAGGUCAAUAAUUUUGUAAUAAAGACUGUUUCCAAUCACAUACCCCUUGAUGAAAUAUUUCAAGACAAAACAUCAGUCCAGAAACAGAAUUUGCUAGAUGUCAUUGCGUCUGAGAAAGUGCACAAAAAAUUUGCUGCAAGUGUGUGGUCUGGCCAAGACCUUUCUCCUCAAAUUAAUCUUUUUGUACAUCGUUGUGAAGAGCUGAUUCAGGUUUGUGAAUAUAAAGAUGAAUUUAGCUGUGAAGAAAAUGCUGAUAUCUACAGCCCUGGGCAAAAGUGCUAUGAAAUUGCUGAACAGCUUGAAGCUAUUCAAACAAGUUUUUGGAAUUUUUUGCAUGAACUGGGUGAAAACAAACGGGCAGCAUUGCAUAUAAGAUCAGCAGCUUGGUAUGAAUUUUUCAAAACAUUUAAACUGCAAGCAAUGAAAAGAGAUUUGCGAAGAUGUGUAAAAACGCUCUAUGAUAUCUUUCUAAAUGAACUGCAUCAUGUUCAAGAGAAGUCUGUUGAACUGAAAACUUUAUGUCAUCCCUCACUUCCUCAGUAUGGAGGAACAGCAUUCUGUGCAUCACUUCUGCCGAAAAGAGUUAAACAACUUUAUAAAAUGUUGCAAGAUGCAAGCAAAAUGUGGCCAAGAGAAUGUGAUAUUGAUAUUAAAACUUUUUAUGAAAGAGUUAUAGAUUCAAACAAUGAACUGAUACAUACUUUGUUUCUUCAAUGGACUAAAACUAUUCCUAAAGAUCCAUAUGGUUGGUUGAAAGACCCAAUUUUCGUUAAAGAAGAAGGAACGCCUUUUCUCAAGUUGAAUGUUAGCAGUGAAAUCUUGAUCCUUAUUCAAGAAUUAUAUUAUUGGGAUAAAACAGGAGUAGAAAUUCCCCAACAAAUUGUCCAUUUGCUUGAAAAAGGCGAUGUUUUCCAUAAGCGCAUUAUGAAAAUGUUAGAAAGUGUUCAGAAUUAUAACAGAAUAAUUAGAAGUCUGUCAUCUGAAGACAAGGAAAUAUUUGCUGAUAUACUUGCUACAAUAGAGGAAGGAAUUAAACCUGUACUUUCUAAUUUGAACUGGACUGUUCCUCCUUCUACUAUUAAAUCAUCGUUAAAAGUCAUUUCUGAUCAAACGAAAGUAGCUCGAGAAACCUUUUUUCUGUAUGAUGCGAAUAAAACUAAAAUAGAGAAACAAUGUGGUGAAAUCGGCAGAAAAAGCUUGUUUAAUACAGAUAUCACUGAACCUUUUGAUUAUGCAGAGUUUAUUAGAAAUCAGGUCAGUCAGAUUCCUGCUGCAUUUUCUGAAAUGUUUUUGAGUUCAGUUUCUUCUGCUUUGACUGAAUGCUUGAUAUCAUCUCUGAAAUCAGUUGCAUCAUUGGUUGGUGUCAAUAGAGAUGAUAAAAUUCGAAUGAUUAUAAAACUGUCAUUGCAUCUGAGAGACCAUCAGAUGUGCUUUAUUCCGAACAUCAAGGAACUUUGUCUCGGAUUUGAAAAGCUUAUGAAUGAAAUGGAAGAAUCUUUAGGGGAACUGAUGGUCUUUGAAGAGAAUUUGAUUGGCGAUGUGGAUGCAAAAGAACAUUUUUCGGAGAAAGUUCGAAACUCUAAAACUGUCCAAGAAUUGAAACAAGAAAUUGAUUUUGGCCUGUAUCUUCUAUAUAAAGCUGAAAAGAAUUACAAGUCUGAGUGGAAUUCAUAUUCUUGUCUUUGGGAGACAAGCAAAAUUGACAUUUUAAAGGGGUAUCAAGAAAGAGGAUGGAAUGCUCUUGAAUUUGAAGGAGACAUAAACCGGUUCUUAGAAAUUGGUAAAAAUGUACUACUCAUUCCGAGGUAUACAGCCCUUGAAUUCUGUAUAGUUGACUGUCAGUACCUUAAAGAUGCUGCUGUUGCUUGUGCUGAAGAAUGGAAAACUGAGCUAGGCUCUAUUCUCAGUAAAAUUGCUUGUUCAAAUCUUCAAAAUGCAUUUGAUUUAUUUGAACUCACCAGUGCUAAAUUCAGAGAAGAUCCUUACAAUCUUCAACAACUAAAACGCUGUAUACAUUUUUUGAUCAGCAUGAAAAAAUAUUCGUAUGAAAUUCAGUCAACAUUUAAAUCAAUAGAUCUCAAUUUCGAGGUGUUGACGCGUAUUGGCACUCCAGUUAGCGAAAAGUCUUUAGAUCAGAGGAAAAGUUUAUAUGACAUGUGGGAAAAUCUUCAAAAUAACUUUAAAAAUUAUUAUAUCAAGUUGCAGAAAAUUCAGGCUCAGCACCAAAGGCACUUUUUAUCCUAUCACAAACAACUUGAAAGACAUACAAAUAAUUUGGAAGAAGAUAUACUUCAGAAAGGACCUUUUCAAUUAAAAUGUACCUUCGCCAAUGCUUUAUCUCUCCUGGCUCAUUACCAAACUAUUUUACUUCAACUUCAAGAUACGGAAAGACGCAUGAAAAAAGAUGCUACAUUUUUCCAUAUAACCUUGAAAGACUUAGAAAAGUUGAUAUCCAUAGAAAACGAUCUUAGUCAUCUUCGGCUAGCUUGGUCAUACAUAAAACAAUUGGAUGACUAUCUUGAGGAUUGGGGUAACGUGCCAGUUAUUGGUUUCGAUGUUCAAAAUAAAAAGCAACUCUCAGAUGUUCUUCAGAGUAAUACGGAAUCGUUACUUUUAAAAGUAAAGGGUACGCACUGGGUAUUACUUGAAGAAUUAUUAGACAAAUUAAAUAAUCUUAAUCAAUAUUAUGAAAUGAUUCUUGACUUCCAAGAGCCAACUUUACAAGAAAGACAUUGGAAUGAUUUAAAAGAUCUCCUAGGCAUUACUUGUGAUGACAGCCAACAGUUUUUCAAAAGCGAUCAAUUUACUCUUACGUUUUUAAGAAAUGUAGAGAUUGAAAAUUUUGCUGAGAGUGUUAAAAGAAUUUCAGUUCAAGCUAGGAAAGAAUAUGAAAUAGAACAGUCUAUUAAAGAAAUACAGAAAACGUGGGAAAGUAUUACUUUCAAGAUGGUAGAUUAUAAAAAAUUUCAUAAGCUGGAAGAUUCUGAAUCUAUUGUAUCUUUUGUUGAAAGAAAUCAAAUCACUCUUGGAACAAUGAAAUCUUCAAAAUAUGUAUCAUAUUUUUCAUCGAUUGUAGAUUCAUUGGAAGAUUCUUUAUUACUUAUCUUAGAUGUUAUAAAACAAGCAGAUUACUUUCAAAUAUGCAUUUUGUUUGAAAUUUACGAAUAUGGUUGCGAAUAUUUACGUUAUGAUUUCCAUUUGCAGAAUAUAUUUGCUGAGCAGGCUGUGCAAGCUCAGCUUCCUAAAGAAGCCAACGAAGUUCAACAGGUGACAGUCAUGUGGAGAGAUAUUUCUUCGUUAAUGGAUGAUGAAAAAUUGGUCUGGAAUAUUUGUCACAAGGAGGGUUUCCUUGAUCGAUUAAUUGGUAUGAAUAAAGUUUUAGAAGAAGUUCAGCAAUCUUUAGAAUUUUAUUUGGAUUCCAAACGGCGAGCAUUUCCUCGUUUUUACUUCUUAUCAAAUGAUGAUUUGUUGUGCAUAAUUGGUGAAAAGGAACCUGAAGCCAUUCAACCACAUCUGAAAAAGUGCUUCGACAGUAUCUAUCAGUUGAAAAUUGUAGAGAAAAUAGAAGAAAAAUUGCGUGAACGAAUUGUUACUGUUAUGGCAUUAGGAAUGUAUUCGGCUUUCGACGAAUUUGUUGAAUUUAAAAAUUCUGUCACGUUAGAUGGACCUGUCGAAUCAUGGCUCUCAGACAUUGAAGAAAUGAUGCAAAUCACAUUGUGUACAUCGCUACCAAAGUGUCUCCAGACACUUUACAGCAUCAUAUCGAAGGAAGAUUUUAACUUCUCUAAUGUUAAAUGGCUAAACAACUGGCCCACUCAAAUUUGCAUUCUUUCUAUAUUGACUGCAUGGACUACAGAAAGAGAUAUUUUGAAUCAAUUCAUCAUAAAACUUCAAAACGAAACGGAAGCACUGAUGCAGACGAAAACUAUGAUGAUAAUACUUGCUUUAGUUCAUUCUUGCGAAAUAAUUGAAUCUCUUAUUGCUUAUGUUUGUAAUGAUCCUAGUGCUUUUGAAUGGCUGGUUCACUUGCGCUAUUACGCAGAGGAAGAAUCGUGUUUCAUUAGACAAACAAAAAGUGCUUUCAAAUAUGGCUUUGAAUAUUUGGGAAACCGGGAAAGGCUUGUUAUAACACCAGUGACAAGCAGGUGUUUUCUUUCAUUGACUACUGCUCUUUAUUUAAAUAAAGGAGCAACACUGAGAGGCUGCAGAAGCUCUGGUAAAACAGAAACUUUAAAAGACCUCGGAAUUACACUUGGCAAAUAUACUUUAGUCAUUAAUUGCUCUGAAAACUUAGAUCAUCGCUCACUGAUCCGAAUGUUCUCUGGAUUAGCUCAAAUUGGCGCUUGGGGCUUAUUUGAAGAUUACAAUUGUAUUAAGGAAGAGAUUAUUUCUGUAUUAGCACAACAAAUCAAUACUGUGCUAAUAGCUCUUGCUGAAAAGAAAAGAUUAUUUUCGUUCUUCGGAAAUGAUAUUCCUUUGAAUGAAGGAUGUGGAAUAUUUCUUUCAGAAAAUCCAGAUUUUCCUUCUAGAACUAGUGAAUUUUCCUCGUCAUUUAUACCAGUAACAAUCAUUUCACCAGAUGUAUUUACUGUUAUACAAGUUUAUUUAUUUGCUUACGGAUUCAAAGAUCCAAAGGCUAUGGCAACUGAUGUAAAAUUAGUUUUUACAAUGGCAAAAGAUCAGUUGUCCAAACAUGAACAUUAUGAGUUUGGAUUGAAGACGAUAACGACCUUUUUGAAGCAUGUAGGAAAGCAGAAAAGAGCCAAUCCAAAGCUGUCUGAUUUAGAGGUCAUUGUAAGCUGUCUGAGAAAUACAACUAUACCAAAAUUAGAAUCAUCUGAUAUACAUAUAUUUGAAAGCUUAUUAGAAACUGUAUUUGGUACUGUUAAAGCAAUGAGUGAAGACUUCUCUAAGAUUACGGAAGAAAUAAAGAGAGUGCUGCUAAAAAGAUCGCUACAACCUGAAUCAUCUAUAAUAAAAAAAGUGAACGAACUUCAUGAAAUCAAAGAUUAUUAUCAUGGUAUCAUACUUGUUGGAGAAAGUGGAAGUGGAAAAUCAACUUCGUGGGAAACUUUGAAAGAAACAUAUUUUUAUCUUCAUGAAAUUAAUGAUACAGAAUAUCAGUCCGUUAAUGUUUAUAGUUUUAAUUCAAAAGCCUACACUUUAAGUGAAUUAUAUGGAUAUUUCUCUGGAGAUGGAAUUUGGGUGGACGGUUUAUUUUCAUCUGUUUUGAAAGAAGCCAAUCAAGAUGCCCGUGCCGGUGAAAGAUGGAUUGUUUUAAAUGGACCUGUGGAUGCAACAUGGAUAGAAAGCAUUAAUUCCUUACUUGAUAUUAAUAAAGUGUUAACGACUGCUAAUGGAGAAAGAAUCUUGCUUUCAUCCGAGGUAUUAUUAAUUUUUGAAACAACUAAUCUGACUCAUUGCUCACCUAAUAUAAUGUCGCACUGUGGAAUCAUUUAUCAUGACAUUUCAACAGUUAAUUGGAAAAUGUACGCACUGUCAUGGCUUCAGAGUUUGGAGAGCUCCAUCAUGAGAAAGACUUUGGAAAACUUUUUUGAUCAAUAUUUGGAUGCUAUUUUUGAUUAUAGUUCUAAAUCUCUUAAAAGCAUCCCUAAUGUGACAGCAUUAAAUAAGAUAUCAUCAUUUAUUAGAAUACUUGAUGCUUAUUACAAAAAAAUUUUGAGUGAUAAAAUCGAAACCGAAAAAUUGUCAAGAAUAUUUUGGAUGUCUGUUAUUUGGUCUAUUGGAGCAAUGCUUGAUAGGCAGGGCCGAUUUUCAUUUGAUACACUCAUAAAAGGUUUAGAUGAGUCAUUGGAACACUUGCCAUCCGUUUUUGAUUAUGGUUUGGAUGAGAGUUUUGAAUGGAUUAGAUGGACUUCUCAUCCGAACAAUAAACUGAAGUUUCAUCCUGGCCAGCAUUUUGCAAAUGUAUUAAUACCUACUGCAGCUACUAUAAGCUAUCAAAGUAUUACUGAAUUACUUCUCGGAGAAGCAAGGCCUGUUUUACUUAUUGGCACAAAUGGCUGCGGAAAGACCAUCAUCGGAACAAAUUUACUGUAUGAAAUUGAAAAAAAGGAUUAUCUGAGCUCUAUUAUCAAUUUUGCUCCUCAGGUUUCAUCCUUUUUACUGCAACAAAUACUUGAAAGACAAUUGAACAAAAAGGCUGGAGGAUUAUUAUUGCCUCAAUUUGGUAAAAAAAUGGUCGUGUUUUUAGAUGACAUUGACGAAGGUAAAACUGAUGAGUUUGGCUCUCAAUCAUCACUAGAAUUGCUUUACAUGAUUCUUGAUGGAGCAUUUUGGUAUAAUAGAGAUAAAUGGAUACUCAAUCAUUUGCAGAAUAUAAGUUUCUUAGCUUCUGCAAGAUCUCCAUGUAGUUACCAGAACAAAAUUCCUGCACAACUUCUCAACCGUUUUAGUAUUAUCAAUGUUUUGGCUCCUCAGGAAUCUCAAAUGAAGCAUAUUUUUAUAUCACUCCUAAAGCAAAAAUUUUCAGAUUCAAACAUCGAGAUUCGCCGAACUUUAAAUGCUAUUACUUUAGGAUGCACGGCUAUUUAUAAAUCAAUGAAAAACUUCUUCUUGCCUGUGUCUUCAAAACUUCAUUAUGUAUUUGGUUUGAAAGAUGUAAAAAAAGUAUUGUAUAGAAUUUUGGAUAUAAAUCCAGAAAUGCUUCAUGACAAAAUUGCUUUGACUAAAUUCUGGUUUCACGAAUGCACUCGAGAAUUUUCCGAUCGUUUUAUUAAUGCUGGAGAAAAAGAAGAGUUUUUUAAUAUACUUGAAGAUGUUACUGAUAAAGAAUUCUUGAUAAAAAUGAAGGAUCAUUAUAAAGAACCUGAAAAACUUAAGUUUUUAAAAUCUGACGGUGACGAUAAAGGUUACGAUGAAAUGCAUGAUCCUGCUUUCUUGAAAUAUUAUUUUGAAAAUCAAAUAGAUGAAAUUAGAAAAAUUGAAGAGAGUUUUUCAGAUGCAUUUGUUCUGUUUGAAGACAAUAUUAACCAUUUAUGUCGUAUUAUGAGAGGAAUCGAAAAUUCUUAUGGAAAUAUGCUUUUGCUGGGAGCUACUGGAACUGGUAAACGCAGUUUGUCUAGACUUGCAGCAUUCAUACUGAAAUAUGAAGUGUUUGAAAUGAAUUUAGAAGUGAGCUAUGGACUACCUGAAUUUAAAAAAGAUCUACGUGAUAUACUUUAUGAUACUGGAAUAAAGAAUAAAAAGAUUGUUUUUCUUUUAUCUGAUGAUCAAAUAAUUGAUGACAUAUUUCUUCAUUUUUUGAGCGAUAUUCUCACAGUCAGUGUGCCAUUCGAUGUAUUCACAUCACAUGAAUUAAAAUCGAUGUACUCAGAAAUUUCUGGAAGUUCUGGAUCUCACGGAGAUUUUGUUCAAAACAUACAGCAAAACUUGCAUAUCAUUUUAUGUGUAAAUUAUAGUUCACCUUUGUAUAGGACAUGCUUUUUAAAAUAUCCCGCUUUGUAUAAAAAUUGUACUAUAGAUUGGUUUAAUAAAUGGCCUCAGGAAGCGUUAGAAACCAUCGCUCUUAAAUUUUUACAACAUGUGGACCUUAAACCUACUAAUGAAGAAAGACUUGGAACAUGUUGCAAAUUCCUCUCUGAAAUGCAUAUUAGUGCUUUGAAGCAUUCUCAGAGUUCUUCAAGUGUGUAUGGAAUUUCUUUUGAAACAUCAAGCACAUUUAUAAAACUAACAAAUACAUUUAAGAAAGUUUUAGCAAAGAGACAGCGAAUCGUUGAACAAGCAUUAAAAAGACUUACUUCUGGAUUAGAAAAAAUUCAUGAAACCCAAGAAAAAGUUAAUGAAAUCGCAAGAGAAACCAAACAAGCCCAAGAAGAAUUGAAAAUAGCUGAAGAAGAAUGUGAUGAAGCUCUUAAAGAUAUAAUAUUAAAAAAGGAGAUAUUGGCCGAAAAGCAAGAGUCUAUCCAAGAAAAAAAGAUUGAAAUCGAAAAGAAAGAAAGAGUUUGUAAAAGAAUUGCAAUAGCUGCAGAAGAAGAUCUGAAUGCCGCUCUGCCAGCUUUGGAAGAAGCCCGAAAAGCGUUGGAAGCAUUAAAUAAAAGAGAUAUUGGAGAAAUUAAAAGCUAUGCAAAACCUCCUGUCUUAGUUGAAAUCGUCUUAGAAGCUGUUAUGAUUUUGCGGAAUUCAGAACCAUCUUGGGCGGAAGCUAAGCGUCAAUUAGGUAGUCCAUCAUUUCUGAAAGAACUUUUUGAAUAUGAUCGUGAUAACAUAUCAGAUGCAGCAUUGGCAAAAAUUGGGAAGUAUGUGAAAAAUCCUCAAUUUCAACCAGAUAUUGUUGGAAAAGUGUCUUUAGCUGCUAAAUCUUUAUGUAUCUGGGUUCGAGCGAUGCAUGUAUAUGGUGAAAUAUACAAAAAAGUCAAGCCAAAAAUGGAAAGAUUGCGGAUAGCUAAGGAAGAACUAGAAAGAUUACAGAAAACUUUGGCAGAAUUACUUCGUGAAUUAGAAGAGCUUGAAGCUAGUAUAAGACGCUUAGAAGAGGAACACAAGCGAUUGAUUGAAAAGAAAGAGGAGUUGGCAAGAAAAGCGAUGGAACUUGCGUUAAAGCUGAAAAGAGCUGAAAGUAUCAUAGAAGGCUUAAGUUCUGAGAAAGAAAGAUGGCAGAAUAAAGUAUUGAUUUUAAGUGAAAAAAGAAACUUUGUUGUUGGAGAUAGUUUUUUGGCAUCUGGCUAUUUAACUUAUCUUGGACCACAUGAUCAAUCGCAUCGAACGUUUUUAGGAAAACGAUGGAAGAGAAAAAUUUCUGAAACUAUGUUCACAUGCAGUUCCGUUUUUGAUUUAGCAGAUUUUUUUGUGGAAGAAGGAAUUAAAAAUGAAUGGAAAAUGAAUGGUUUACCAACUGAUCAGUAUUCCAACGAAGGAGCUGCAAUUGUUACUGAAAGUUGUUACUAUCCUUUUAUUGUAGAUCCUGAAGGUCAAGCCCUCAAAUGGAUUAAAAAUAUGGAAACUAAACGAAAAAUCAAACUUGUUGAUUUUCAAGAUUCAAAGUGGGCAUUAGCUUUGGAAGCAGCUAUUACGCAAGGAUACCCGAUCCUGUUGCAAAAUGUGAAUCCUGGUCUAAAUUCGUCUCUUUCGACUUUACUGAAACAAUCAUUCAAUAAACAUUUUAUUCAUUUCAACAACAAAAAACUUAAAAUAGGAGAGUCAUUUCAGCUAUACAUGUUAACAAUGACAUUAAACCCGCAAUUCACAUCAAAUGCAAUUUAUCUAACUACAAUUGUGAAUUUCACUAUAAAAGAGAAAGGCCUGGAAGAUCAACUUUUGCCUUUAAUUGUUUUAAAUGAAAGAUCUGAUCUUGAAAUGAGGAAAGAGAAAUUAGUAAAAACUAUUCAAGAUUGUAAAAAGCAGCUUCUGGAAAUAGAAGAUACUGUUCUCAAAUUACUGAGUACAUCGACUGGUUCUUUGUUGGAUGAUGAAGUACUUGUAGAAGCUCUACAGAAGUCUAAAACGGUCUCUAUUGAAGUCGAAGAAAAGCUGUCAUCAAGUGAAAAAACUGAAACUAUUAUAGAUUCCGCUCGAGAUAAAUAUCGACCUUGUGCUAAAAUGGCUUCCAUUUUAUAUUUUGUUCUAACUGAUAUGGCUCAUGUAGAUCCAAUGUAUGUAUUUACAUUAGAUUCCUAUAUUACAUUAUUUUUAAACUCAAUAAGUAAAUCUCCGAGAGAUCCUGAAGUUACUAGGAGAAUUUUGAAACUAAACGCCUUUCACCAAAGAGCAGUCUAUAGAUUUGCCUGCAGAACUGUGAUUGAAAAGCACGCUUUACUUCUUGCUUUCCAUAUUUGCACAAAGAUUUUAUUGGUAGAAGGUAAACUCGAAAAACCAGAAUAUGACUUUUUCAUUAAAGGCGGACAGGUGAUUGACCGUACCAGUGAACCUGCAAACCCAUGCUCUCAAUGGUUGUCGCAAGAAUCUUGGGAUCAUAUCACACAAUUAGAACGUCUGCCAAGAUUUCUCAGCAUUACAGUUUCAUUUGAUGAAAAUUCUAGACUGUGGCAAGAGUGGUAUUUAACUUUGGAACCAGAAAAAAAAGCUCUCCCAGGUAUCUGGCGAAAUGUGUGUUCAGGAUUUCAGAUGCUACUUAUAAUUCGAUGUCUGCGGCUUGAUAGACUGACAAAUUGUGUAACUAGUUUGAUCUAUAACAAUCUAGGAAAAAGUUUUCUCGAGUAUCCCGACGUCGAAAUGGGAGAAAUAUUUGAUGAGAGUUCACCAAAUAAACCUUUGGUUUUAUUUACCGUUUCGUCAGACACAAAUCCUGAAAAAAUUAUUGAAAACUUGGCAAAGAAUUUGGAAAUAAAAUACAGGGCUAUUUCCCUUGGUAAAGGUCAAGAAAAUGCAGCGUCACAACUCAUAAUUGAUUCUGCAAAAGUGGGAUAUUGGGUUUUCAUAUCCAAUUGCCACCUUCUGUUAAACUGGCUGCCGGCUUUAGAAAAAUUCGUUAAUAAGCUCCAAAGUAUCAAAGUUCAUGAGAAAUUUCGUUUAUGGUUAGGAUCAGCUCCGACAAAACAUUUCCCAACAUCUGUAUUGCAAAACAGUAUCAUUAUAUCACUUGAUUUUCCAAAAGGUAUACGUGCCAAUAUGUUGAAACUAUAUGAGGACACAAUUACUGAAGAAGAUAUUAGCACUUCUACUUGUCAAACAAAAUACAAAAGCCUGUUAUUUUCAAUGUCAUUUUUUCAUUCUAUCCUUCUUGAAAGACGAAGAUUUCAAAAUCUUGGCUGGAAUUUUAAUUAUAAUUUCACUAAGGAAGAUUUCAAGGCUUCAUCCAUACUACUGAAACUCUAUUUAGACGAAUACAAAGACACUCAGUGGAAUGCCUUGAAAACGAUGAUAGCCGAAUCUAUUUAUGGAGGUCACAUAGCAGAUGUGAAUGAUGAGCGCCUCUUGAUGUUUUACUUCGAUCAAUUUUUUUGUGAUGAAGUAUGUGCUAAUAUUAAACAUCGUUUAACAUCUGUUUCUGAUUACUAUGUUCCGGAAGACGGACCGUUGGAAAUUUAUGUCAGAUUCAUUGAAGGUUUACCAAGUUUGGAUGUCCCGGAAGUUUUUGGACAACAUUGCAAUGCUGAAAUACCUUAUAGAGUCGAAGAUGCAAAGGAAAUAUUAGAUAAUAUGAUGAAAAUCAAAGGAGAACAUUUUGCUGUUAAAAGCAAUGAAAGUCAGCUCACAAAAGUUAUAUCUGAUGUCAAACUUCGUAUUCCUGAUUUACUUGACGAAAUGGGUGCAUUAGACAUUCUUCAAGAGAGGCCUGAUUCUUAUAAUGAAAUUCUAGUGCAAGAAACGAAACGAUAUAAUAAUCUGCUGAAUUUGGUUUCAAAUUCUUUAAAUGAACUGGAGGAUAGCAUUUUUGGCAAAGUAAUGAUGACUGAUGAGCUUGAAGAACUUUCCAAAGUGAUUUUGAAAAUGGAAGUUCCCGAAGAGUGGCAAAAGCUGUAUCCGACUUUAAAACCUCUCGGUUCCUGGAUUCAAGAUUUAAGGCUUCGAGUGGAGCAGUUUGCUAAAUGGAUUUCACUUGGAGUUAUGCCAGUGAAAAUUUGGCUUUCAGGAUUUUCAAGUCCCAACAGUGUUUUAAACGCUACCCUACAGACCACUGUCAAAAAUAGCGAUGUCAUGUUGAAAGAACUUAUCUGGGAAUAUCAAGUAUCUACCUUAGAGGAGUCUCAUAUUAUUGAAGUUCCUGCAGAAGGGAUAUAUGUACGUGGUUUACUUUUGGAAGGCGCUGGGUGGGAUAAGACAAACGGCAUUUUAAUCGAACCAGAACCUCUGCAUUUAAUCACUACAAUGCCGGUCAUUCUCUUCAAACCAGUUACUGAAACUUCAGUGAGAGGAGUAUACAAUUGUCCUUGUUACUAUACAUCUAAGAAAACAAAUGAGAAGGGAUACACAUCAUUUCUUUUCAAUGUUGAUUUAAAAACCAAGAAGGCUAAAGACUACUGGGUAAAAAGAGGAACUUCAUUAUUAUUGAGCUCCAAAUAA